AUGACACUAGCAACCUUCUUAAAGGUUAAUCCACCUAAGUUCAAGGGAACCACCAACCUGACUGAGGCCGAUACCUGGUUUCAGGCUAUGGAGCGAGCACUCCAAGCACAGUUGGUACCUGAAGAGCAGUGUGUUGAGUUUGCUACCUAUCUGCUCACCGGGGAAGCAUCGCAUUGGUGGCAGAGAACCCGACGUCUUCUGCAGCAGGGUGAUGAUCCUAUCACUUGGGAUGUCUUUCAGGGAGCUCCAGGAGACUUCGAGGAAUGGAAGUGCAUUAAGUAUGAAGGAGGGCUCCGGAGCGAUAUCUUUAGCUCAGUGGGACCAAUGGAGAUCAGAACCUUUUCAGAAUUGGUGAAUAAGAGUAAGGUUGCUGAGGAGUGUGUGAAAAAGGCAGCUGCAGAGAGAGGAAGCCAUAGGGGACCAUUCCCACAGAACCGAGGGAAGAGCUUUGCUCCUAGGGAUGCGGGAGUCAUCAUUCGAGAGUCCCGUGCAAGGCCGGAUGGGGCUUGUGUUAUUCUUGUGGUAAGGCGGGGCAUAGAGCCUCAAACUGUCUGGAGAAGCAGAAGCGAGGUGCAGGAAGAGCACAGCAGCCUGGUCGGGUGUUCACCACCUCAGCUAUGGGUGCCGAGGGAUCUGAGGCACUUAUCCGAGGGUAUUUUGUUGUUAACUGCGGGUGUUUCGGGUGAUGAUCAAAGCUUGGAGCAAAUUCUGGUUGUGUGUGAGUUUCUAGAGGUGUUUCCCGACUAUAUUGAUGAAUUUCCACCUAACCGAGAGGUGGAGUUUACUAUUGAGUUGACUAAAGAGGAGCAUGCGGAACACUUGAGGACCGUGUUGCAGAUACUGAAGGAAAAGAAACUAUAUGCGAAACUAUCUAAAUGUGAAUUCUGGAAGAGUGAGGUGAAGUUUCUGGGUCACGUGGUGAGUAAACAGGGGAUAGCUGUCGACCUUCUAAGGUGGAAGCAGUGA